GAAUUCUAUCAGGCCUCUUGUUAUUAUUAUCGAAAAUAUGACUUACAGUAAGAAAAUCAUAGCCAUAAAGCAUUCUUGUUCAAAUAUUGACAAUGAUACUGGUGAACAGGCAUAUCUAUGCACCUAUGACAAUCCACCAGAGAAAUGUUUACAUUGUGGCGCGAGUUUCAAUAAUAAUGAAACAACUAUUCACCAACUAUUGUCACCAACUAUCACCAAUGCACAUAAUCCAAUCAUGUUCUCAUCAUAUCCUAUAGCGAGAAUUGUAUUUAUUCUAUCGGAUAAUAGUAGUAGUAUUUUGAGUUAUCAUCAACAAUCGAAUGUCAAUUUCCAUUGUGGAGUUGUUGAUUCAGAUGGUCAAGUUUAUCACUACAUUCAACAAUGCGGUGUGACUAUGGAUUUGAUUGGUUGGGAACAAUGUAUUAUGAUCAAUGUAGCUGACACAAUGAACUGUGACAAGUUAACAUCGUCUAAAUGGAAUGAAACGAUUCAUCAGUUUGUCAAUGAUGAUGAUUAUUUCAAUCAAUCCAAUGAUAGUGAGACUACUAAUAAUCAUAAUUUGAGUAGUAUAAAUCAACAACAAUAUGAUUGUUUAGAUUUUAUUAUUGAUAUUAUCAAAAUAGCCACACAAAAUGAAACUGUCGAUCGCAUUCAAAUUGCAGCAUGGUUAUCUAAUCAACUUGACUGGAUUCGAUUAUAUGGUGAUUUAGUGAGAAAACUAGAAGAAGACCCCAAUUGUUCUUGGCAAAUUAUUGAAAAAUUUCAUCAGAGUGACAUGACACACUUUUUGGUGUCAAGUUGAUCAGGUAAAUUUUCUCUCCUUAGUUGUCUUAAUUCGAGGAAGAUUUAUUUCAAAAUCUUGAUAUUUUGUAACUGACUGUUUAUUCCGAAAUUUCGAAUUUUCACGCCAAGAGACGUUUAGUUGACCAACAGUUUAGAUUUCCCACUCGGAAAUCCUUGACUCUCAUUGGUUGACGGAGUUUUUUCAGUAGGCUAUUUUGUGGUUCUCCCCAAGGGUGUUUCUAUCAUUGUAUAAAUAUGCUUGAUUUGUGUGCAUAGCAACCUUGUAUUUUC